UAGGCCCGCCAUCACUCUCCACCUCCGCCUGUCGUCGUCGUCGUCUGCACGCGAGAAAUAUUCUCCCCGAUGCCGGUGCUUUCCCUUUCUUCCUCUCUUUCUCCUCUCUCUGCAGACUCCUGAACAAGAUUCCCCCUGCCGCCCCGGCGCUGCUUCUCCAAGAAAGUUGCCUCCUUGAACAAAUCAAAACCUGAACAAUUUGUGCUCAAGGAUUUUACUAAAAUCAGAAAGUUUCUCUUUCAUAUUAUGAAUCACUGAUCAUCAAGAUUGCAGUCGGUCAAUCCUAAAUCACGAAAAAUGAGCUCCCAUGGCGGUGGCACCGCCGUCACGGGCAAGAGGCAACACAAGGCCCACAUUCAGACACUAGCCAGAGAAGGCUCUCUCUACAACCUCACCCUCAGUGAGGUAGAGGGCCACCUCGGUGCACCACUGUUUAGUAUGAACCUUGAUGACCUUUUGAGGAGUGUGCUUCCAGAUGACAUGAACCUUCCAUUACCAAAUGGUGUUGGGAAUUCUGGCAGUCAGAGUGCAUCAGCUUCUGGUCUGGAGCGUCAGGGCAGCAGUAUUACUGUGCCCCGGGAAUUGAGCAAGAAGACAGUGGACGAAGUCUGGAGAGACAUCCAGCAGGAUCAGGAGAGUAGUGACGAGGAAAGGAGUUCAGGUUGUGAGGCACAGAUAUCGCUUGGGGAGAUCACACUUGAGGACUUCUUGCACAGGGCUGGCAUUGUUACCGGGCAGUAUCAGAAGGAUGCUGAUAAGUUAGUUGGUCCUGCAAGAACUGGAGAAGGUGCUCAUUUGAUGACUAGAGUGCAGGAUUUCCCACAGGGCACCAGCGCAAUUGAUGCAUACAUUGCACGUCAGUCGAUUGCGCAGCCACUGAGUGUUGCAAUCCCUUCAACAAUGGAUGCCAUCUACCCAGAUAGUCAAAUGAGUAUCUCACCAUCACUAGAACUUUCUGAUCUUCAAACUCCUAGUCGUAAGCGAAUGUCUUCGGGCGAUGUGGUAUACAAGGUCGUUGACAGGAGGCAAAAGAGGAUGAUCAAGAACCGAGAAUCGGCAGCACGUUCAAGAGCUAGGAAACAGGCCUACACAAGUGAGCUUGAAGGCAAGGUGGCUUGUCUGGAAGAGGAGAACGCGAGGCUGAAAAGGGAGAAGGAGUUGGACAUGCUAUUGAAGUCUGCUGCACCCCCUCCAGAACCAAAAACACAACUUCGGAGAACAAGAUCAACUUCCUUCUAACUGUGUAUAGUGUUCUGGUAGAUUUGUCUCUACUUUGCUUUCUCUUUUCUCGCAUAAUUAUGCAGUAUGUGUAGCUUGCGUGUAUGUAAUUUGUAAAGGCCUUGAGAGAUGGCAAUCUUGUGACAUAUCUUGUCCAUUAGAUUUCAGAUUUGUAUAUUUGGUUUGGUUCAACUAUUCUUGCAACACAAA